AUUAAAAAAAGUUAGUAAAAUGUCUAAAUCAUAUGCUUGUAUUUUAGAUUGGUAUUUGAUAUGUUAUUGAUUUGGUUUUUAUUAACUGUGGUGUAUACAAAGGCAAACGUGGUUGCUAAUCGAAAAGAAAGAGGCCCGACAUUAUACAAUUCUACUUUUGACGUUAAACAGAACCCAAAUAUUUCACACACCCUCUCAUCUGCUACUAGGAAAGAUGAUGGUGUGAAACCACUAAUAAAGUAUUUUAUGUCACCAGAAAUGUUUAAAAAAUACUUGAUUCCACAAACGAAUUUCGAUAAAUUCGACACGAAGCCUCUAAAUUCAACAGGCUCCUCAGAAAAACAGAAAAGAAACCACUGGAAUUACACCACGCCACCAAAAUUAUUUUCAAAAUCAAACAAAACGAUAAGUGAAUUUUAUUUUUUAAAUGGCUGCAACAUCGUUCAGAACAUGUUUCAUAGAAAUGUCACUUCCAGAUCGAUUUCAGAUAAUGCCAAAUCCUUUCCAAAGUUGCAAAAAUCUAAUUCUUCCAUGUUUUCUGAUGGAGUCGAUAUGAUUCAUUCCAAUUUCAUUAAUGAAAGUUUGAAGAAUAAAUCUUUUGAUUCUGUGAAGACGGAAGUCGGGCUAAAUAAGUCUCAGGAUAUUGAUAUAGAGGCUUCAAACUUUUUUCGGAACAUUUGGGCAGGCAUCAAAAUGUAUGACACUCAGAGAAAAGAUUCACAACCUGACUCAUUGGAAGAUAUAUCAAAGAAGAAGAUAAUCCAAAGGCUUACAUCACUACGGCCAAAACCCACAUCAUACAAUAGAAAGAAAACAAAGAUGAAAUUGGCAAAAGGGGAAUUAAUUUACCACUCACCGUGUUACGAACCCAGAGAUAUGAUGCCUGAAGAUGUUGAUAAAAAAAAUAGCACUUCAGAAAUUAUCGAACUGAACAGAUCAAGAAAUGCAGCUGAUUUGGUCGUCACGCCAGACGCAUUACUAAAUCCUAAUAUGUCUCAGAUAGUAUUAGAUCGCCCAUCCAUGGAAAUAUUAAAAAAACGCAAAAGAGAAUACAAACACGCAUUUACCAAAAAACUGCCAAAUAUUAUGGCACAGUAUGAAAAAUUUGAUUGGUACGGAGAUGGCGACAUAUACGACCUUUUAGGUACAACAGCUAAAAUUCAGGUAGAUGAAGAUUAUUUAAAAGAAUUAUUACCAGUUUUUCCAGGAUACAUUGAUAAUAGGUAUGGUGCAAAAAAGAAAACAAUAGUUCCCAGUGCACAAUAUCCAACUUAUCCAGAGUACGAAGAUGAUACCACCACCAAAACACACUAUCAGAACAAGGACUAUUAUUAUGCGUAUGAAGAAAAGGAUAUCGACCCAGCACUUUCUGAAGCGGAGUCUGAUAAAAAAUAUUGGUACAUGAAAAAAUCAAAGAAAAAUGAUACAUACUACAGAUUCAGACAACAAUCGACCGAAACUUCACAGAUUCCAAAUGACAAGACCACAACUAGUUUAAAACGAGCAUCAACUACUAAAAAUAAAAACGCAAUCUCAUUGGCAAUACGGCCAUUGCCGGUAAGUCAUAAGCCCUGUACUUAUGCAGACGUUCAUCCAGAACCAUCAACGACUGAAAAACAAGAUCCAAGAGAAUCAUUAUGGCAUGACAUUAUGUUCUUACCCACCGAUUCUAAUGCAGCGGAAUCUUCAGGAAAAAAGAAUUUUAAGUUAUGGAGAACCUAUAACUACACAAUAGAAUCCACUUCUGAAAGUUCAUCGCCCGUUUAUUUUGUUACAGAGAGCAUUGAAGAUGAUAACGAACUUUUAUCGAGGAGUACAGGUUUAUUCGAUACAGGAAAAGGUGAAAGUGCGAGAGGGGAAACCACUACCGAACUAGCAACAUCGCUCAGUAUAUUUUAUGAAGAACAUACCGACACUCUCACUGAUCUUACAGAUAAAUCAGAAUACAGUAUUUAUCAAACUACAGAUACAGACGAAACGGAAGAUAAUGAAUACAAGGGUUAUGAUUGUACCUGUACCCCAGAAGUGGAAGAAGCAGUUCUUCGUGUUGAAACUACCAUCUCGACACUAUAUCACGAUAAUAUAUACUCGUUCUUGCAUCCGAAAUCUAGUGAGGAUAGCUACUCUGCUGGAUUUUACGAUGAUGAGCUUACCGAAGUGUAUCCCUCCAAGAGAAAUGAAGCAUUUUCCAUACCUUCAUAUGAUCCCUAUGACGAUUACAAUAUAGUAUCUGAUAUUGAAUCCCGCGAUGGCUUUCAUGAACAAAGCUUAGGUAACGUGACAAUAGGAAACAAAUGUAUUUUCCGUAAAACCAGAUCACCUAAGAAGAAAGUGAAAGCGAGAAGAAACUGCUGUUCAGGUUUUCGGAUAUUGUCCUCAUAUAUUCUUCUCAUUUGUAUCAGUUGGUUGGGGUAUUACAUCUCGCUGGCUUAAGCGAUAGUAAUGUAUGGCAAAAAAAUAAAUUUUAAACACGAU